AAAAUAGUCACCGGCGGCGACGUCGUAUUCGGGGGUCUGUUUCCAAUGCACGAGCAGGGCAUCCAGGGCGGAGCGACCUGUGGACGCAUCAAGCGGGAGAAGGGCAUCCAGCGGUUGGAGGCCAUGCUCUACGCCGUAGACCUGAUCAACGCCGAUCCGAACCUCCUGCCUGGCCUCAAAAUCGGCCUGCACGUGCUGGACACGUGCAGCGACGACACGUUUGCUCUGGAGCAGUGCAUGGACUUCAUCAAGGCUCAGAUGUCCAGCAUCGACGUGGAUGACUACAGGUGUUCCGACGGCUUGUCACCCUCGCGGCACCCGCCCCAACCGGUGGCCGGAGUCAUUGGGGCGGCGUCGAGUCCCGUGUCCAUCAUGGUGGCCAACAUACUCAGACUCUUUAAGGUA